UGGCAGGUACGGUGGGAGUGGCUAUAUUACCCCUCACAGUGGAUUCCUUCAGUGACUAGAACUUCAACUCUACAACAUCAAUACAAUCCCUUGGCAAUCAAUUCACUUAUCAGUUCGAGAUAGCCACCCUGAAGUUGAACUUGCGUGGGGGAACGGGCUCCAGACGAGCCUUGGUUCCUUAGCUCAUUCGGCACGCACUAUGUAAAUGCUACACACUAAGCUAAAUAGCGUAAUAAACUGGCCUACUAGCAAACCAGCCUAUGUCAGCCCCUCCGUCAUCAAGACAGCGCGAACAAAGAAGAUAUAUCCUCAUCGCGUGAACAAAUACUGCUUCAUAUCCCAGGGCUCCGACCCUAAGCAUGUAUAUAUCAUAACAAACCAUCAACACAUUCGUUUCCGUACUCACUCACUCACUCACUUCAUCUCCAUCCCCCCCUUCACAGAACAAAAACUUUUACCCCUCCUCACCACCAUGCCCCGCAAACUCUCCAAGCAAUCAACGAGCACAUCGCUCUCCUCGCUCUCAACAAUCUCCUCCCUGCCCACCAUCCUAACCGACGGCCGCCCGCUCCCGCGCGCCAUAAUCUUCGACCUCGACUACACGUUGUGGCCCUUCUGGGUAGACACCCACGUGUGCGCGCCGCUGCGCCCCAACGCAACCCACACGUCCUGCACCGACAAAGUAGGCGAGACCUUCUCCUUCUACCGGGACAUCGUCUCAGUGCUCCCGGGCCUCUCUCUCGCCGGGGUCAAGCUCGGGGUGGCAUCCCGCACGCACGCGCCGGACCUAGGCCGGGAAAUGCUCCGGCUCUUGCACGUGGGCCCCGCAAGCACCGUCCUCAGCAGCGAGGACAUCGCGGCGCUCUCCUCGCGGACGACGACAGGCGGCAAUAGCGGAGGUGCGGGAAAAGGGUGGGAGAAGACGAGGAAGGCGAUCGAGUACUUCGACGCCGGGCUGGAGAUCUACCCGAGCUCCAAGAUCAAGCACUUCGAGGCCCUGCACAAGCGCACGGGCAUACCGUACGCGGAGAUGCUGUUCUUCGACGACGAGAGCCGGAACCGCGACACCGAGACCCUGGGCGUCACCAUGUGGCUUGUCCGCGACGGCGUCACGUGGGCCGAGGUCGAGAGCGGCGUGCGCGAGUGGAGGCGGCGGAGGGGCGUGGAAUGAAUGAAUGAAGCGCAGCAUUGACGAUGAAAUAGGUUGUCGAAUCGCCAUCCUGGCUAAUGGAUGUUCGUAUGGAUAAGGCGAGAAGUGAAGAUAUGUUUACAAAGCUUGGCGUUAACGGUUUGUUGGGACGUGCGUAGAUUGUUUCCUGGAGAGAGACUGUCUAAACGCACGGAAAGCUUCGCAUUUUAGAACGAUAGAUGAUAGACAGACGUGCAGGCGUGCGGACGAACGACAUCGUAUGUUUUUGUUCCGGUUGGGGGGCGUCCGGCGUUGAGGGUUUAUAUAUAAAUGAAUAUGCAUCAUUGUAGCUACAUAGAAAUCUACAUCUUCUAAAAAAU